GUCAACGUGUCUGCAGCUGAAGAAUGAGGCUUCAGAUCCAGUUUUCUUUAUUAUCUGCUGUCUGCCUUCUGCUGAUGGUCUUUUGCAGUGCAGAGAAAGGUUUGGAGUUUCCUAAUUUUGAUGGGAAGGACCGAGUGAUGACCAUCAAUGAGCGCAACUACAAGAAGGCUCUGAAGAGAUUCGACCUGUUGUGUUUGUUCUACCACAAACCUCUGGCAGCCAGCAAGGCCCUGCAGAAACGUCUCCAGAUGACGGAGCUGGUGUUGGAGCUGACAGCUCAGGUCCUGGAGAACAAAGACAUUGGUUUCGGGAUGGUGGACUCCCAGAAGGAUGCCAAAGUAGCCAAGAAACUGGGUCUGGAGGAGGAGGGCAGUUUGUACGUUUUCAAGGACGACCGUGUGAUUGAGUUUGAUGGCGAACUGUCAGCGGACACACUGGUGGAAUUCCUGCUGGAUGUGCUGGAGGACCCAGUGGAGAUUAUCAAUAAUGCCAUGGAGCUGCGGGCUUUCGAGAGAAUGGAGGAAGACAUCCGCCUCAUUGGCUACUUCAAGGGGGAGGAUUCGUACUACAAAGCAUUUCAGGAAGCCUCUGAGCAUUUUCAACCGUAUAUCAAGUUUUUUGCUACAUUUGAUAAAUCUAUGGCUAAACAUCUUUCCCUGAGGAUGAACGAAGUGAAUUUCUAUGAGCCGUUCAUGGAGGAGCCGGCUGUUAUUCCUGGCAGACCUCUGUCAGAGAUGGACAUCGUGCAAUUUGUCAGUCACCACAGAAGGGCGACUUUGAGGAAGCUCCGCGCAGAGAAUAUGUUCGAGACUUGGGAGGAUGACAUGGAUGGAAUACAUAUUGUUGCAUUUGCUGAGGAGGAAGAUCCAGAUGGCUAUGAGUUCCUGGAGAUCCUGAAAGAUGUGGCCAGAGAAAACACCAACAACCCAGAACUCAGCAUCAUCUGGAUCGACCCUGAUGACUUUCCUCUGUUGACAACUUACUGGGAAAAAGCCUUCAACUUGGACCUGUUUAGACCUCAGAUUGGCGUGGUCAAUGUCACAGAUGCGGACAGUGUGUGGCUGGACAUGUCCAACGAUGAGGACCUGCCCACUCUGGAGGAGCUGGAGGACUGGAUAGAGGACGUCCUGACAGGAAGGGUGAACACUGAGGACGAUGAUGAGUUUGCUGACAGUGGGGAAAACCGUGACAGCUACAGCACAGAGGACCGCAAUGAAGGUCACGACCCAGAUGAGGAUGAUGAUGAUAGCAGCGACUAAACUUGAGGGUCCGAAUGGAACAAGCCAGUAAAACCACCUGAAGGGGAUGUCAUCGUGUUUCACUAUGAACCAAGAAGUCUUAGAUGUUGUCCUUUCUUCAUUUCGAAUGUGUCAGUUGAUUUGUGGCUUG